CUUUUCCUUGAAUCGCUGCAGCCUGAAUGAAACAAUCAACCCUCUGUCCUUCGUUUUGCUUGUGGAUGGUUGCUUGUUGAUUCUCAUCUUGGUUUAUCGUUCGAGACCACUAACCGCCACUCACUCGCCGAGCAUUCGAAGUAGACCAGGCCCCCAUCCAGCCUGACGAAGGAAGGCGGCAAAUUCUCUCAACCACAGCCAUCCAAUAUGAGCAGCAGCAUCACCAACCCCAACCAAUUCAAAGGGGAGUUCUUGCCACACGAUUCCUUGCAAGGGGAAUUGAAGACAUUGAACAUUUGCUUCAUUGCGGUAACUUCAGUGUUCAUUGGCGUUCGGCUGAUCGUGCGGGCAUUCGUCGUCAAGCAUGUCGCCGCCGAUGACUACCUUAUGGUAGCUGCUGGUCUGUUUGCAACGGCCUUUUCCGCCAUGGCCAUUGUUGGCGUACGAUAUGGCCUCGGGGAUCAUGUCUGGGAUUUGCCACAAAACGCUGACCUCGUUCAGAAGAUCAAAAAGACUGUCCAGACACUAUGGAUAUGUCAAGUCAUGUACGUGACGGCGCUCAUGCUGGUCAAGAUCAGCAUCGUCGUGUCCUACAUCCGAGUCUUCCCCACGCCCACGUUUCGAAGGAUCAUGUACGCCCUCAGCGCCGCCAUCCUCAGUGUAUGGAUCUGCAGUAUCCUCGUCACCAUAUUCCAAUGCAAACCGGUCGAGGGGGCGUGGGAUUUCACACUUCCACGAAAUUGCCUGCCGAUUGAUAAAUUCUACUAUUUCUCGACGGCCUUUUCAAUCUUUACCGACUUUUUGCUCUGCACCCUUCCACUCCCCGUGUUUUGGAGACUCCAUCUUCCUCGGAGGCAAAAGUACGUCGUGUCUCUGCUCUUUGCGAUUGGUCUUUUUGCAACUGUCGCCUCGGCGUUGCGUAUCAGCGUCCUAGAAGGUGUUGAGAGUCUCGACGUGACCCAAGGCUCCGUCCCGACCAUGAAAUGGUCCGUCGUCGAAGUUGGUACCGGCAUCGUCUGCGCCUGCAUCCCUUGCUUCAAGCCCCUCUUCAAGAACUGGCUACCGGACAAAGCCACCUCACAUCAGGGCUCAUCAGGCCGCGUCAGCGUAAGAGGAGACCACCACCACCACCACUCCUCAUCCAGGCUCAAGAGCCACUCGGAAGCUCACGAGCUCACCAAGGCUCCGGAAGGUUGGACCACUUUCCAUCACCCUGCUCCCAUGAGAAUCAAAGCAGAUCCAGUCGUCAUGACCAAGAACUUCAUUUAAGCUACCUACCAGAAGGUCUCUGAGGUUUUGGGGAGGGAAACGGUCCUUCACCGAUUCAAGCGUUUGGAAAGUUUUGUUUCUCCAAGCGUUUUCUACUUCUACAAAGCGAGCCAAACUCCAGUCCCUUCCGCAAAAAAAGACAUUGGGCUUUUCGUUUUUAUUCAGAAAAGAUUUAUUAUAUACGCGCGAGCGUUUCUCGACCCACGCACGACGGAUGGCGACAUGUGCCAUAUACCUAUGAUAUGGCUACAACAUCAUGUCGCCAUGCCUGUUCUGAAAGUCCCAGUCUCUCCUACCUGGACCGUCGUGUUCUGUGAUGUCGACCACUUCGUCUUCUUCCUCCUAGAGACACCAGGUUACGAACAAGUUCUCACGACUCGACGUCUCUUUCAUGAUGGGACGAGAAACAUGACACACGACACGCAUCACAGACGGCAACGGCAACAGUAGUAUGCCCAACAACUACUUCAGACAGACAGACCUUUCUCAUUGUGCAACCCCGGACCUCCUCUUUCUUUUUAUCCCCGUUGUAAUUCAAAUCUUGUAUAUGGCCGGAUCUCUGAGCGACAACUGAUUUGUCCUUUCCGAAAAUGCACGAUUUGUACUCAAAGGGCUGGCUGUCGUUCUGCUUUUAUCUAUUCUUCUGCUUCUUUUUUGUUUUCAGUUUUCUUCCAUUUUCUGUAUGCCUUACUGUAAGAGG